AACCACAUUGCCAAGCUUGGAAUUCCUCUGAACAUUCCUUCCUAGUUCCCAGUAAAAAAUCCCCCAUGGCUUCAGGAGCAUCUAGAUCUGCAUCCUUACUUCUCUUGAUCCUCAACAUGCUCCUCUACUUCAUCAUCAUUGUCAUUGCUUCAUGGGCCAUAAACCAUGCCAUUCUCCGGUCACAUGAAGCAGCUUCUGUCCUAUCCAUCCCAGCUCGGAUCUUCCCCAUAUUCUUUCCCGUAGGGAACAUGGCUACAGGAUUCUUUGUCGUGAUCUCCCUCCUAGCCGGAAUCGUGGGCAUCACCACAUCGUUAACUGGAAUCCAGAACGUUAUGGUCUCGAAUGCAGCGAAUCUCCAUGCUGCAGCUUCGUCUUCCUUGACUUCCUUGGCACUCACGCUUCUAGCCAUGGGAUUGGCGUGUAAAGAGAUUGACAUAGGGUGGACUGAUGCAAACUUGAGGACUCUGGAAGUGAUAACCAUAGUUGUGAGUGCAACCCAGUUGCUGUGCACUGGAGCUCUUCAUGCCGGAGCUGAAGAGGUUGAGACUCGACGGAGGAUUCUUGGCUAGUGGAAAGAAGAAUUUGAAUAUUCUUUUACCACCACCCUCAUUGUGUUCAUGAGAGCUCUCUCAAUUUCUCCCUUCCUUCUUCCCUUCUUUUAUUGAGAGUGAGAGUUGUAAUUCAAUAAGCAUUGUUUCUUGUGUCUCAAGUUAGCGUUCUUUGAUUCGUGAUCUUAAAACUUUAUCUUGUUUGGCACAUUGGAUUAGGUUAUUGCACUGUUGGCUAUGAAUCAACUAGAGAUACAAAAUCAAGUUUAACAUGUUCAUACUAAUAUUCAAUGAAUUUUAUAAUGUUAAAGUCGAAUCCAUCGGUUUCGAUCAAUUAUUGAUUCAUUUAUAAGAAAAUAUAAUAUUGGUUUAACAAUCAAUUUAUCACGAUUAGUCAAAUUUUAAAGAAGUCAAAUUAGGAAUAUUUUUUAAAUUUUGAUUGCAUUCCCUAAUAUGCAUCUAAUUAUGAUAGAAUUAAAAAAAAAAUCCGGACUCAAUCCAUGCUAACUUAGCCAAUUUCUAACCCAAAUGCAACUGACUUGUAAAAACCCCGCCAGUUACAGCCGCCGCUCCGGUCACCGGGCCGCUCUUCGGAGGGAGAUACCGGCGGCGGGGUACGGGGUCCCAUCUCAUUUCAACCUCAGAUUCUUUCUUUUCCAGUUUUCCUACGCUUCGAAUCUGCGAACCAGUUGAGAAUCCGGAGCUGGUUCUGCUCCAUUAGGUUUUCCCUCAAUUUCAUUUACAUCCGACAAACUUGCCGAUGAGCGUCGCCGGCUGUAAAAUCUUGGCGGCGUCCUUAUCCUUUCCUUCGUCACACCCAAACCCUAAUUCGAGAAUCCGAGUACCAUCGCCCAGUACAUUUCUUCACCCACCACUUUUCUCCACUCUGUCGACCCUCGAAUCAAACUGGUAGCGAAAAGUUUCAAGCUUCACCCUUUUCUAUGGUAGCCAACAUGAACAGUUGCUCUCCCUUCCCCAUUUGGUUAAUUGGGCUUCUUGGGUUGAUAUGAAUUUUCGUAGAUAUGGCUGCUGGCUCUUGUUGUUCUGCCGGCAAGCUCCCACAUAGUAAUGCGGUUCGGAUUGGUCUCUUAUCUUGCUGCUCUGUCGAUUUUCGUCCUCCCUAGCAAUGUCUGGAUGGUAAACUAUGAUAGAGUCUGCCAUUUUGUUUUAACGGCGAGCUAAUGCAAUUUUGGAUGACCCUAGGAAUGAGUUGUUAGUUGUGUUCUUCGUGUAGGAUCAACUGGGAAGGGUUUUAUUGCUUUUUGGGAUUCUGUUCUUGAUGUUAGGGUUGGGUUCGGAUUCGGUGCCUCCACUUGUGCAGUUGAGAACUCCACCGGCUUCUGUGACAGGCUUUCCUAACCUCCCACAGUCUCUACGAGGUUACUCUUACUUGAUUCUGAAGCUAGGUCCUCUACAAUGUACAAGGAAAGACUUGUCAGUUGCAAGCACAGCUGCAUGCUUAACCUUCACUGUAAGUUCCUUUGUGUUUCCACUCCCCCAGGGCUCCUCUCUUGUCGGAUCCCGAUAUGAAUGAAAGAUGGUAGAUACUGGACGUUUGGCUGAAUGUGCAUUUUAUCUCCUUUUGAAGAUCUUUUAAAGUGCCAGCCUUUUCCUUGCAACUACAACACCAGAACAACUAGCGUCAGCUUUGCGGUGGUUCAUGCUUCCAUUGAGAUACUUGGGUGUUCCGGUUGCUGAAAUGACUCUAACCCUUAUGCUCUCCCUGUGAUUCAUCAAUCUCGUCUUGGACGAGGUAAUAUAAACACUGUCACAUAAUUUCUGAUUGUUGGAGUAGCUAAUCAAACACCAAUUUUCCUUCCAGGUGAGAAAUGUCGCACUGGGGAUUGUGUUUCGUAGGAUCAACUGGAAGCUACUGACUGUCAUGGAGAUGAUUGAAAGUAAGCAAAUCUUCAACAACAUCAUGUAAGCUUUGACAAUGGAUGCUAAUUUCCUAAUGUUGAUCAUAAUCUGGGUAAUGGCAGUUCUUGCUUCCUACAUUCGACGCAUCUUCAAGAACAUCUUCAGCCAUGCUGAGUAGAUAUCUCAGGUUAGUAAGUUGAAAAAUACAGUAUAGCAAUGUUCUUCGAUCAAUCGACUUGGCUAUGUGAGUGAUAUGUGCAUACUGUUGUGCGUUGUACAUAAGCAAUGAUCGUACGGGUUUCAGAGGGGACAUCAAUGCUCAUAAGAUCUACUUCUUAUCAAAAUCGUCACUGGGAAUGGCUGAUUUCAUUUCAUUACUGUUCCUCGUUGGUGCCAGCGGUGCUGUUUUGUCGGAUCGCUUUCUCUUCUGAAGCCCGAUUUACAUCCAAAGUUGUAUUUAGGUGAAAAAUUCAAAUCAUUGCUUAUCUUAAAGCAUUCAGAUUCAUCCGAGUACCAAUUGGUCCAGACGACACCAUUAGAAAUCCAUUGCUUAGCACUAAUUGAUUGGUCGAUCCGUUUCUCGAUAUAUCUGGUGAAUUUUUGAAGGAUUAAAGUUCAUGACUUUGG